AUGAGUCUCGAAUUAUUGGCUAACGAAAUCUUACUAAAUUUGUUCGAAUAUUUCAAUGGUGUUGAUCUAUUUCGUGCUUUCUAUGAUCUUAAUUCUCGUUUCAAUAGACUUCUCAUUGUUCAUUUCCGAAUUCAUAUUUUCGAUUUUCACUUGACAUCCAAACAUGAUUUUGAUUUGAUCUGUCGACAGUAUCUUCCAUUAAUUACCGAUCGAAUUGUUACUCUUCAUCUUUCGAAUACUGAUGAGACACCAUGUCAAAUCGAUUUGUUUCUAUUAGAUGACUGUACUUUUCUUCGAUUUAUUCAUUUGCGAUCACUUUCAUUUCGUUAUGUUUGUUCGAAUGAAUUAUUAACUAAAAUCAUCUUUCAAUGUCGACAUCUUCUUCAUUUGACUUGUCUUCGUUUUAUCGAAUGUUUCUUUGAACGCUGCUGUAAAACUCAUUAUGAUACUAUUAAUUCUAUUUGGACUCUACCAAAACUUACUCAUUGUCUAUUAGACUUCAAAUUUCUGCAUAAUGAUCAAACUUCUUUUAUGCCAAUCUCUGUAUCUAAAUCUAUUAAACAUGUGUCGCUUCCGCCUGUCAACUGGCAAUUGAAUCAAUUCGUUGAAUUAUUUCGAUGUACGCCGAAUAUUCGUCAUCUAGAUGCUCGUAUGUCUGAUGGUGCUGCCGAUGGCAAACAAUUGAAAUCUCCUGUUCAAUCUAUCAUUGCAUUGAAUCUGUUUGUUUCUCAAUUCUCUAAAGGAAUGUUUAAUCUGUUACAAAACAUGCCGAACCUGUUAUGUUUAAUAGUCAAAACAUCAGGUAUGAUUAUCAAUGGUGAUCAAUGGAAACAAAUUAUUGUUGAUCAUUUAUCGAAACUCAAAAUAUUCAAAAUCUGCAUGCGUUAUCAACUGAAUAAUGGUAAUGAUAAGGAAAAAGAAAUUGAUCGUUUAUUCGAUUCAUAUCGUACUUCAUACUGGCUUAAGGAUCGUCAGUGGUUCGUUCGAUGUCAAUGGACACCAAACGACACUACAAGCGACAUUUUUCUCUAUAGUUUACCUGAUUUGUCAGAUUAUUUUGUUAUUCAACCAUCUAGCUGCACUAUUCGCACGAAAUCCACAUGUCCAUGGGAAUACGAUUAUGAGAAAGAUGAUGAUCAUGCAUCGCAUUUGAUUCACUUGAUGUUCACUCAUGUAUGUUUUUCGAAUAUUCGACAUCUUCAUCUAACGCUACCUUUUACUGAUAUUUUAUUGUCUGAUUUGCCACGAUUCGAUCGAUUGAUUAUUCUGCAAGUCGGAUGUUUUCCUCUUAUCGAUACUAAUAUGGCUGGAUGGCAACUUCAAAAUCUUAUCAAUCGAGCACUUUAUCUAUAUUCAUUGGAAAUACUGGCCUGGUUUCCAUUGAUUAUUCAAGAGAUACCUUUGAAUCUCACCAGUCAUUCAAUUCGAUCACUUUGUUUUCAAAAUGCAUGCUGUUCACUUAGUAAAAUAAAAACUUAUUUCGACGAUCAAAGAUGUUCUGCGUUGAUUCGUUCACCAUUAGCUAUUCAAUGUGAAUUCCUUUCUAUUAUCGUCAACAAGCGAAAAAAUAUUCUGGAUUUGGUUAAUGGACUACCCAAUCUUCGAGCAUUAAAUAUCCAAUGUCAAGAUGACAAAUGGAAAAAUAAAUCGACAUUAUUAUUGAUCGAUGACGACGAACUAGUCGAAUGGCUACGCACUCAUUUAUCAUGCGUUAUCAACAGAGAUAGAACAUUUACUGAAUGUAUUCAUCUAUGGAUUCGUUAA